AUGCAGUCUGGCUACGGCACUGGUGGCGGGUUCAAGACCAAGAUCGUCGCGGCGAGGUCGACCAAAAGAACCGUGUCCGCUGCGGGAAUCGCCGGUGACAAAAUGGCGGACAAGGGGAUAAGAUUUGCGGCCUUUAAACGCGUAGAAAAAUCAUCGUCACUAAAGACCACCGACAAAAAUGCUCGUAAGCCUCGGAAGGUUACAGUCGUCGCCCCGGCAAAUACGGCGGGUAAGUCAUUGGUCGGCGAGGACGAUCCACCACUCAAAGCCAACAAAUUCACGUGGACUGUUGAAAAUUACAUGAAGUUGUUGCGCGAGAGUUUGUCGAAAGAAUGCCUAUCACAUCUGAAAAAUAGUUUACGCGAUGAUGCCGUGGUACGGUCUACGACUUUUGCGGCGCCAAAACUUGGAAAGUACGUGCCCGAGACGUUGGUAAAACGGGCGACGGACGCGAUACAGGCCAAAAGAAUAUUUUCAAUAAACGGAUAUUAUCCAAUAAUAUCAGAGGAGCUCAAGAAAAGAGGGUGGGUAGAAAAAAGAAAUCCAGAUUUCAAACCACUGAAUUAUGAGUAUUUAUUUUCUACAUUGGCUUUAACAAACAAUCGUUCAAUGUGUAACGUCCAGUCACCGCCUUCGUUAACUUCAACAUCGGAAUCCUUAUUUAUUGAAAAUAAAGAAAACUCAUGUUUGUGGUCGAUAGUCAAAGACGUUAGCCCCAAUUACAUUUUUACCACAAACCGAUUUGAUGUUAAUUGGAAUAAAAUUAAUGACAUAACAAUAUUUAGUCAAUUGAAUAAUUUGAGUUUUUGCACCAAAAUUGGAUUGGCUGGAACAGUGAAAACGAUAUCAAAAAAAGUUAAUGUAAAAUUUCCAAGGACCUACAAUAUUUCAGAUACAAGGACUAUGGAUUUUUUUAUAAAAGAUUUUAGAUUAACAGCUCUGUUUGGUUCCUUGAAGAACAUCCUUAGUUCAAAAAAUUCUCAAAAUACCAUGUUUAGUGAAAACGGAACUAUUCCAUACGAGAUGAUCGACUUCAUUGAACAGCGUUGCUGGGAAUUCGUGCACGCUUAUCAAACUGAAGAAGAAAGCGAUAUGCUAUGGUUUACAACGAUAUUAGAAGAUGGCUGGAACAAAUUUAUGGUUUGGUAUUAUGAAAUUGUGGAAAGAACCGCUACUAUUUGUGUUUGCAACUCGUUUCAAAUUAAUGAUAUUUAUGAGCGAUUCGACACUUUGGAACGUAAAAUUAAGACACUUUGUCCACAAUUUUUCAUCGACGGCGAUACAAAUCUGUGGAUUAUAAAACCGUCUAAUCGUUGUUCCGGUAUAGGAAUAACAUUGGAGAGACGUUUCAAUAAUAUUUUGAAAACUAUUGAAGAUUCUAACAAGUUGAAUAAAUCAUACAUUAUACAAAAAUAUAUAGAAAGACCAUUGCUUAUAUUUAAAGUCAAAGUGGAUCUGAGACAAUACUUUUUAGUUACAAACACGAACCCCAUACAAAUAUGGAUGUACAAGGAUGGAUAUGUACGAUUUUGUUCCAAGAUGUUUACAGUUCAAGAUUUAGGAGAAGAGAUUCAUCUCAGCAAUGUCAGAGUUCAAUCAAUCAAUAGGAAAUAUAGAGUAGCCGGUGUACCAGAGGAAUGUAUGUGGGACUUUACACAAUUUAAAGAAUAUCUAAUAUCAAUAAAGAAAGGCGACAAAUGGCAUACAUCAAUAUAUCCUACAAUCUGUGAAACAUUAUCGACAAUCAUCAUAAAGUCUUUUAAGAAGGACAACAGGAAAACGUUUGGUUUUCAAUUGUUCGGGGCAGAUUUCAUGUUAACAGAACAUUUUGAACCAUGGUUAAUAGAAAUUAAUAGUAAUCCUGGCUUGAAUCCAACUACGAGUAUCAUUGCAAGAAUUGCUACGAUGUUGUUAAAAGAUAUUAUCAAAGUUACGGUGGAUUUCCCGCUUAAUUCAAAUGCAGAAACUGGACUUUUCGAGAACAUUUACUCUGACAAACUUGUGAAACAUUGUAACACGGAGAAAAACAUUACAAAAGAAUAUUAUUACUACCAGUCGCCCAAAAAAACAAAACAAUUAAAUAAACAAAGCCACAAAGGUUUCCCUAGAAUUCUCUUAGAAACUGAUGAAUAA